AUGUCUAAUAAGGAGUGCCUUGAGAACAAUACAGAAUCAAGUGGUGGUAAUACAAAAAAAAACCUUUAUGAAAAAAUAGCAAGUUUAAUGGAGAAAGCACAAGAAUUGUCAACUUUGUGUGAUGUACAACCUGGGAUAGUUAUUUUCACUCCAGGCAAAGAUAUUUUAUGGCCAACAGAAAGUCAAGCUAAGGAAAGAUUUCAGAAUUAUUUAAGUUUUCGUUGGGACACAAGGAAUGAUAAUCUUGUUACACAUGAAACCAAUCUUGAAAAAAAGAAGAAGGCUCAAGAAGAAAACAUUAGAAUAAUGGAACAGGAGAAUGAGGAGAAAGAAAUGGAGUUGUUGUUUAAUGAAGUUAUUGAUGGAAAAAGCUAUUUGGAACUCGAUGCUAGAGAACUUAAAGGUAUGAUAAAGCUAAUUGCUCUUAAGAAGACUAAAGUUGAUGAACGUAAGAAACAACUGCAAGAAGAAGAUCAACCAAUAAAAGGUAAUGACAACAAUAUUGAAGAGAAGAAUGAUAGCAUCCCAAAAAAUAAUUAUGUUUAA